GAAGUAAAGUCUUUAAGAAUGUAGAAAAUUGAAACCCCAAAUAUUGUAUUGAUCAGUUUAAUUUCUACACUCUGAAUAUUGAAUGGUACAUAUAUAUUAAAAAAGAAACAAAGAAAAGGAACAUUGACACCGUCGCAGCGCAGCAGGCGAGGAUUCUCUCAGCUGAUUUAAAUUCAGGUCGAGACUGGAGACUGACCCUGAGAGAGAAAAGAGAGAAGAGAGAAGAGAGAUGGACCUCAUGUCGAUCUGCUCGCCAUCAUCAUCUUCAUCUUCAUCGUCUUCUGCAUCUGGAUCUUCGAGCAGCAGCACCAAAGCUUGGAUUGUGCACGGCGUGGUCGUCGGAGCGGCCAUCGUGGCGGCCAUCGGUGCCCACGCGUAUGUUCUGCUCCACCGAUCCUCCAAGUUUCGCAGCCGAGUCGUUGGAAUUAUACCGGCUCGCUUCGCUUCGUCCCGGUUUCAGGGCAAGCCUCUCGUGGAAAUCCUCGGGAAGCCCAUGAUUCAGAGAACAUGGGAAAGGGCAAAACUGGCAACUACAUUGGAUCAUGUUGUUGUGGCAACAGAUGACGAAAAAAUUGCAGAAUGCUGUCGAGGAUUUGGUGCUGAUGUGAUAAUGACUUCAGAAUCAUGUCAAAAUGGUACUGAACGAUGCAAUGAAGCACUUCAAAAGCUUGAGAAGAAAUAUGAUGUUGUAGUCAAUAUUCAGGGGGAUGAGCCUCUUAUUGAACCUGAGAUAAUUGACGGAGUUGUUAAAGCUCUACAGGCAUCCCCUGAUGCAGUGUUCAGCACUGCGGUCACACCUUUAAAACCUGAAGAUGGAUAUGAUCCAAAUCGGGUGAAAUGUGUAGUGGACAACCGUGGUUAUGCAAUCUAUUUCUCAAGAGGGCUUAUUCCAUAUAAUAAGUCUGGAAAGGUCAAUCCACAGUUCCCAUACUCGCUUCAUCUUGGCAUUCAAAGCUAUGAUACAAAGUUCUUAAAGAUAUACCCAGAACUUCCACCUACUCCACUGCAAUUGGAAGAAGAUCUGGAACAGCUCAAAGUCCUUGAGAAUGGUUAUAAGAUUAAGGUUAUAAAAGUUGAUCACGAGGCUCAUGGGAUAGACACACCAGAAGAUGUCGAAAAAAUAGAAACCUAUAUGCGAGAAAGGAACUUCUUGUAGUUCAUGGACGCCCUAGGCUGUGAGCAUGCUAUUACUUGUCCAUUUUCAUGUGGAACUUGUAACCUUGUACUUACAUAGAACAUUUAUGCGAGUCAUUUACCAUUUUGUAAAAUUUUUGUUCCCAGAAGUGUCAGAACCUUGUUUAGGCGUAUUUUGUAUAAUUAUUGUUCCCAGUGAUUACCAUGUCUGAUGGGGAAUGGUGUGUGAAUAAGUGUGAUGAGGAAUGUAUCCAUGGUCUUAUUUU